UGACCUCGGCGUGUGACGAGGCUUGCAAGAAAUUCGUCGAUUAAGCCAUGCAGUUGGAGGAGAAGUUCGAGGCAGAGCGCAUGAAGGUGCGCAGCAAGGAGCAGGCCAAGCACGCGGAGGCAGAGAAAGCGUUCCGUGAGAGGCAAGGCGCUUUGAUUAGAGAGUGCGACGCCCUGAUUGAAGAAAGGAAUUCUCUCCGGGAGUCGGUGCACGAGCUGGAUGAGGCAGGCAAGAAGCUGAGGAAGUCGAGCAUGCGCUAUCACCAUGAUCUGAAAAAGGCCCGGGCGGUGGAGGAGGAACUGAGGCGUGACUUGGCGGACUACAAGAACUCCACCGCCGGGCAGAACUUGCAGGCGAAUACUGUCAACAAUAUCGUGGAGAUGGCUCAGCAGAAGCUUAAUGCCGACCAUCCUAACUGGACCUUCGACGCCAUCGAGCUGAUAGAGUACAUUAUCGGCGUGAUGGAUCAGGCGGCGCCUGAGGCGGAGGAAGUGCAGGCGCAGGGCGCUCAGAGCGAAGGAGAGGGGGAGGCGCGGGACGCGCGAGGCACAGAAGAGCCUGAAGCGCAGGGGCGGAUGGCGAUCAAGGCGCUGACGACGAGGUCAAUCACAGCGAUGGCGAUGCAUCCGAUGAUGGUGAUGGAGGCGCAGGUGGUGAUGGAGGCGCAGGUGGGGCGGGAGGCAGCGGGGUAGAGGUCGAUGUCGAAGGCUGAAGUUAGAAUUUUUUCUUUCCCAUUUUCAAGUACUCCUCCUAUGUAAUCUCUGCUUUUGUUAUUCAUCGCGUUUCCAAUUUAAACUAUGUUGGGAUAUUACCUUCCUUCCUUUUAUUCAUGACCGUUUAUUUUGCUAUCUCUCUUUCAUUUAUCCUUGUGGUUACAUGGGCGCAAAGCGUUGAGGCGCUUCCUGGUGCCCUUUGUCUAGGCGUCAACAGUUAGGGCGCGUUCCUAGGGUUGAAUAUUCACCAGCUGGCUAAGGCGUAUUACUAGGGCGCAAGAGAGUGGGCGCUUUACGAAGAGUUAGAUUUUAUGAGGAAGAUGACACUCACACAACCAACGACAACUUCCUCACAUUACUCAAAGGCGCAAGAGGAUGGGCGCUUUACGAAGAGUUAGAUAUAUACCACGGAGUACCAGUUCUCCCUCUAGAUCACUUAGAAAGUCGCGAAUGGCUUAAGGCGCUUUACGGAAUGUGGACCCGCGUACAAUCUACUAAACUUUUCUUAGAUUA